CGCCCGUCUCCCGCAUUUAAUUAGUGUCCCAUAAGCUUUUAACAUCCCCGUUCGCUAUAUAAUGAACACAGCGGCCGGCUCGCAAGCGAGAAAAAUCCCACUAGUAGUGUGACGAGAAAUCCGACCUGCCCAUGUAUGCUGUGCGUGAGUGUGUGUGUGUGGUGCAUCAAGGCUGAUAAAGCAAGCGGAAUAGCAAGUAGCCAGUAGCAAAUAGCAAAUAGCCAUAGACUCUAAACGUUAACUACAACUAAACUGAAAGUGACUUCGAUAGCGCUUGCAAUUACGCACAAGCAAUCAACGCGCAGCAAUGGAAGCGAUUGCCAAACACGACUUCUCCGCGACUGCCGAGGACGAGCUGAGUUUUCGCAAAACUCAGAUCCUAAAGAUAUUAAAUAUGGAAGAUGAUUCAAAUUGGUACCGUGCCGAAUUGGAAGGAAAAGAAGGCCUUAUACCCAGCAAUUACAUUGAAAUGAAGAAUCACGAUUGGUAUUAUGGCCGCAUCACACGCGCCGAUGCCGAGAAGCUGCUGUCCAACAAACACGAAGGCGCCUUUUUGAUACGCAUCAGUGAAUCCAGUCCCGGCGAUUUCUCCUUAUCAGUCAAAUGCCCCGAUGGUGUUCAGCAUUUCAAGGUUCUGCGCGACGCCCAAGUCAAAUUCUUCCUCUGGGUGGUCAAGUUCAACUCCCUCAACGAACUGGUUGAAUAUCACCGGACGGCGAGCGUGUCCCGGUCGCAGGAUGUUAAAUUGCGUGAUAUGAUACCUGAAGAGAUGCUCGUGCAGGCGUUAUACGAUUUUGUGCCACAGGAAUCCGGCGAAUUGGACUUCAGACGCGGCGAUGUCAUCACCGUCACAGACCGCUCCGAUGAGAACUGGUGGAACGGCGAGAUUGGCAAUAGGAAAGGAAUCUUCCCAGCAACUUAUGUGACGCCAUAUCAUUCAUAAUAAGAUAACAUAUAAGGAUGUGGAUGCACUCGUCUCUCCCCCGACAAACACAGCAACACACAGCAACUGCAAUAACAGCAAGAAGGAACUAAACACAAAUUUUAAAUAUUUAUAUACAACAAAAAUCGAGAGGACGAGUAUAAAAUCAGUAGACAUCGUAUAUACAACACACAAACACAAGUCUAAGCCUAUAUAAGCCGAAUAAUGCAUUUUUUUACGUUUUGACGUUUUUUGAUAAAACAGCAAAAAGGAAAUACAAUACGAUAGAGAGAAGAUAAAACAUUACAAAAUCGUUUCAUAGCCACUUAGUAGGAACAACAGAGAGUGACAGAGAGCAACAACCGAAACUACUUGCAC